AUGAUUUCAACAAUAAUUAUUAUUUUUACUUUAUUGAUCAAUGCAAGUGCUAUAAUUAAUAUUAAAUUAAAACGCAAAGAAGUUGGUUUCAUAGUUGAAAAUCCAUCUGUUGGUCUCGGAUUGUCUUCUAAAAGUAUUCCUCCUCAUGAACAAUUCAAUUGUGAUAAAGUACGUGAAUUUCUUAUAAGUCUUCAAUAUUUUCGAAUAUUUAUUGGUCUUUGGAAUAUAUUAAUUAUAUUUGCUAUGUUUACUAUAUUUAGUUAUUAA